AAAAUUGAUUAUGGCAAUAUUUUUUCCCGCUUCCAAACGUCAAACCGCCGGGCAGCGGACCAAUGCGAGCCAAGUGCGAACGGAAAAAAAUAAUCGAGCAAGCGCGGCAGCCGCGAGCGGGCUGCGUAUCGGUGUCUUAUUUUGUCAGCUGAUUCUGAAUUUUCGAUCGAAUUUCCUCGCAAACCCGACAAUAUUAAUGUAUUAAACAUUUUACAAAUAAUUACUGUGAAUCACACUAUUUUAAUACAAGACUUGUUGUACAAAUAUUGAUUGAGUGAGACUUGCAAAUCGUUGAAUUGUUGUGCAGUGCAAAAUUUUAAUUGAUUUAAGAAUAAUGACAGUUGUAUUUUCCGUGUAGUGGGUGACCUUUUUUCCUGAAAAUGUCGUUGAAGAAAGAAUCUCGCACUGACGUGCAGUUCCACCUGGCAGCGCUGCGAGGAGACUGCGAGCGGCUGCGGCAGUUGCUCGACACCGGCAAGGUGCACAUCGACUCCAGGGACAGGGAUGGUACGACGCCCUUGAUCCUGUCUGCCGCGAUGGGACACACAGAGUGCGUGAAAGAACUUUUGGCCCAGGGGGCUGAUCCCGCCUGUUGUAGAACGACAGGAACGAGCGCGCUGUUCUUCGCGGCGCAGGGCGGUUUCCUUGACGUGGCGCGCCUGCUACUCGACGCCGGCGCCGCCAUCGACGCGCCCAGCACGGAUGGUGGCACCCCAUUGUUCGUGGCUUGCCAGUGCGGUCAUUUGCCGGUGGUCGAAGAGCUUAUCCGACGUGGUGCCAACGUGAACGCUUGUAUGAAGGAUGGUGCCAGCCCGCUAUUCAUCGCAGCACAGAACGGGCACGAAGAAGUGUGCGUCACAUUACUUCGUCACGGCGCGGCCGCGGACGCCGCGCGGGCCGACGGCGCCAGCGCGCUGUGGAUCGCGGCGCAGUGCGGGCACGACCACGUGGCGCGCGCGCUGCUCGCUGCUGGCGCGCCUGUUGACCAGCUCAGACAGGACGGAGCCACGCCGCUGUUCAAGGCGGCGCACAAGGGGCACGCCGCCGUCGUGGCCGAGCUGCUCAAGUACAAGCCCAACCUCGGGAUCCUGCCGAACGGUCAGUCAGCGCUGCACGGCGCGGCGAUGUUCGGUCAGCUGUCGUGCGUGCGGCUCCUGGCGCGAGUGUCGCCGCGCGCGCGCUCCGCCGCCGGCCUCACGCCGCUGCAGGCCGCCGCCGCCGCGCGUAAGACCGACGUCGUCGCCUACCUGCGCCGUCUCGAGCACUCCUGAUACAAGCGCACGCAAGCUGACGCCUGAUCACCGACGCUGGCCUUAUGCUGACGCCUGAUCAACGACGUUCACUUUAUGCUGACGCCUGAUCAGGAGGCUCGAGCAAGACCGACGUCGUCGCCUACCUACGUCGCCUCGAACACUCCUGAUACUCGCGCAAUCCGCAUGCUGACGCCUGAUCAAUGACGCUCACCUCAUGCUGACGCCUGAUCAACGACGUUCACUUUAUGCUGACGCCUGAUCAACUACGCUCACCUCAUACUGACGCCUGAUCAACGACGCUCACCUCAUGCUGACGCCUGAUCAACAAGGUUCACUUUUUGCUGACGCCUGAUCAGGGGGCUUGAGCAUAAACCAGUCUGGAUUCAAGCCUGUGACCGUUGCACCGCGUCGACCACUCCCGAUACCCACGCGAGCCGCAUGCUGACGCCUGAUCAGGAGGAGGUUCGAGCAUGUACCACUCUGGAUUCAAGCCUGUGACCGCUGCGCCGCCUCGAACACUCCUAAUACUCGCGCAAGCCGCAUGCUGACGCCUGAUCAACGAGGUUCACCUUUUUCUGACACCUGAUCAGGGGAGACUCGAGCAUGAACCACUCUAGAUUCAAUCAAUCCUGUGACUAUUGCGCCGCCUCGACCACGCCUGAUACCCGCACAAGCCGCAUGCUGACACCUCAUCACGACUCUCACCUGAUGCUGACGCCUGAUCAGCAGGCUCAAGCAUGAAUCACUCUGGAUUCAAUCAAGCCCGUGACCGUUGCGCCGCCACGACCACGCACUCAACUACAAACGGUUUUAAAUUGUAGAAGCAUAAUAAUAUACUUACGUUACUUUUUACUGAGGUGCGGUAACUGGUAUGCUGACACAGCGAAGAACAGCAUUUACGCACCAUUAUUUAUUAUUAUUACAUGAAUCAAAUAUUUACAAAACGCACACAUUUAUCUUUCUUUACUAGAACUCUCAGUAUAUAAGCCAAAUCUAAAAAAAAUUUACAUUUUAAAAUUAAUUUAAGGGUAAUCUCGAAUUCAAUGCAAUUUUAAAAUAUCUGAUGUAAUUUUUUAAUGUAUUUUAUGAUAUUAUUAACACGAACUCUCAUGUAUUCAUAGGGUAAAAUCAUAAGACAUAAAAGUAUACUAUUUUGUAUAUUAUACACUUUCAUAGCCAUAUCGUGCAGCUUUAGCCACUCGCCUUAUGCAAGAAUACCUCACACAUUACUGUUAUCUACUAUUUGUUAUAAGCAAAUGGCGGUAGAUGUUACUUUAACUUGUAUUAUUAGUAUGAACUUAAAUUUUAUUGUUCUUGAAAAUCAGUUAACUUUUAAAAAUUACCAAAAAUGUCAGUUAAAAAAUAAUCAUUUAUUAAUUCUAUAGCAUAUUAUUAAACUAUUAUGUUGUAUUACAAUACCUUGUGGCAAUAAUUAUUGCACAUCUACCGCCGUUUUUAUCUUUCAUGAAUCUUAUGAGCGUUGAUUUGUGGUGCUGGUAGCAUAAUCAUUUUUCGUUUGACUAGUCACACUAGCUAUGUAUUUACUUGUUACUUGUAUUUAUUUUACACCAAUUGUUCUAUUUUAAAUUUGUUUCUUAAUAAAAUACACAUUAUAUAUUUUUAAAAUUGAUUGAUUAAAUAAAUACUGAGCUUAUCACCGAAUAUACUAAGCAACAGCACUUGUACUUAUAUACACUGUGAUAAAAUAGUCAAUUGGUGUGAAAUAUAUAAAAAACUAGAAACAUACACUUACCUUUAGCCUAGGAAAUUGUAUUUUUCAUACAAUCACAUAGGUAAAUGUUGCAUAAUAAUCGUAUGUUAUAAGGUACUUUGGAAUCUGUCUGUUGUAUCGAUAUUUUAAUCGGAGCAUGUAGGUGUAAUUUAUUUUUAGAAUAGCUUUUGUUAUCUAUAGUUUCAGCUGUAAUAUCUGAAAUUGAAGAAAAAAUAAUAGGUUGUAUUAUAAUAAUAAAUAUUUAUUUCUUUUUUUUAUAUAUAAAAUUACUAAUGUCAUCCGUAAUGGGCGGCUGAGCGCUCAAUUAUUAUAAUAAUUGUUGUAUAUGUCUAAGAUAUCGUAAUUAUGAGAUAUAAUGUGUGAUGAGGUUUGAAUCUUAGUAUGUAAUCGAAGUAUAAAACUAACACUACUUGUUUUAAGAUUAUAAACUCGCAUAAUUUUGUUACCAAUCGUGUAUUCUUUGUCUUUGUCCUCGCAAGGAUUAUAAUCACAAUUAUUUUGUUAUUCAUAAUACCACUAUUCACUACACGAGGAGUACGCAAAUAAAAAAACUGUUUUAUACAAUAUUUACUUUAUUACAUACUAAUAACUAAUAAUAUUUUAUAGUAAUUAUAUAAUCUUACUUUUAUUGUCAUGAUAUUUUAAAUGUCAUUUUACAUGUAUGCUCUUAUAUUCCGAAAAGUAAAAAUCAUACUAUUCGUGUAGGGUUAUUUUAUUCAUAAGCAUUUGCAUAAAGAAAAUACAAUGUAUUGCAGUGAGUGAAUGUAUGUGUAAUAAUAAUUAUUAAGUACACGAGGGUAUGGUGUUUGUUGAGUUUUUAUUUAUUACGAAAUAUAGUUGUUUAUAAACCUAUAA